GUCAAGGGCCGGGCCCGGAGAUAAAUGCGGCCGCCGCUUUGAGGCACCCGCUCUUCUCCGCAAUGUCCGCAGGUUGGCCGCGCGCGGAGGUGCUUUUUACAGAAAGGGGUUGAAGGAGACAGCUGCACUUCUGUUUCAACGAAACUUGAAAAGAGUGGAGGAAGACAACAUGGAGUGCAGUAGUGUGGUUGAUGGAAACGUUGAAGAAGUUCCCAGUAAGAAGGUAAUUAAAUUUAAUCCUCCAUUAUACAAACAACGUUACCAAUUCGUUAAAAAUUUAGUGGAGCAACAUCAACCCAAGAAGGUUGCAGACUUGGGGUGUGGUGAUGUUUGCCUCUUAGCGAUCUUAAAAUACCAAAAGUGCAUUGAAGAGCUUGUUGGAGUAGAUAUCAAUGAGGGGAGACUUAAGUGGAAUGGGUCAAGGCUGUCCCCAUGUGUAGGGGAUCAUCUGGAUCCCCGAGAGCUGGAUUUAGCGAUUACCUUGUAUCAUGGCUCUGUUUUAGAGAAAGACUGUCGUUUGCUCGGAUUUGACUUGGCAGCAUGUAUUGAAUUAAUAGAACAUUUUGAUUCAGAAGAUCUGGCGAAGUUUCCUGAAGUUGUCUUUGGGUACAUGUCUCCAGCCAUGAUUGUCAUCAGCACACCAAAUUCUGAAUUCAAUUCCCUGUUUCCAUGUGCAGUCUUUAGAGAUUCAGAUCACAAAUUUGAGUGGAGCAGAAUGCAGUUUCAGACCUGGGCUUUAGAUGUGGCCAGUCGCUACAAUUACUCAGUGGAGUUUACUGGUGUGGGGGAACCACCUACAGGAGCUGAGGAUGUUGGCUAUUGUACCCAGAUAGGGGUCUUCCGGAAAAAAGCAGAAGCAGCUGAAAUGGCUGUUUUGGAGCAUCAUGGAGAACAUGUUUAUGAAGUUGUUUAUACAACCUCAUACCCAAGUUUACAGCAAAUAAAUUACCGUAGACGUGUGGUGAUUUAUCUAGUGUACCGAGAAGUGAGCAGAUUGAGACGGAAAUACCAAGUGAGCUUGAGACAGGAUGAACUGGAGGCUGAGUUCGUAGCCUCUGGCAACCAGACAGGAAAAUUCACCUCAGGCCUUCCAGUUCCAGUACUCACUGAAGAUGACAAAGCCAUGGAGAUGGCUCCCCAACCUUUCUGUAUUGAAGAUAAGUUUUACGUACCCCUGCAAAGAAUCAUUGCUUAUCCCAGGCUGGGGCACUUAUGCGGUAACGUAGAGAAGCUGAGAGAGUUCCUUGGUGACAUGAUUGAACUGAACUGUGAUGGUUCUGCGGUGAAGGUUGACUUGAACGAUUGUAGUGACUUUUGAGCCAUCCUUACUUCCUGAAAUUCAGGAUCUGUGCAAUAAUUGGGCUCAUUUAGAAUUUAAACGUUGUGCAGUCAUAACUGAGGUAGCUUUUCAUUUUAAAAUCACCUAACGUGUAUGGUUUUUGGUGUGUGUGUGUUGAAUGUUGAUAUUAAAGAGUUUUAAAGAAAA